AUGGGACCUCCACAAGUCCUCUACCGGAGCCUUUGCCGACUGGGUGACAAAUUAGUGUACCCUCUGCUGCCGUCAUUUGCGAAGUCUGCAUGGAACCAUCCUGCGGGCCCAAAAACAGUAUUCUUUUGGGCCCCAACCAUCAAAUGGGGCCUCGUCAUAGCAGGAAUUGCCGACAUGGCUCGACCUGCCAAUAAACUUUCCGUCUAUCAGAAUUCAGCAUUGAUGUUCACAGGAGCGACCUGGGCUCGAUAUAGUUUCGUUAUUAUCCCAGUAAACUAUUACUUAGCCAGUGUGAACAUAUUUCUAUUCUGUGUGGGUUUCGUGCAAUUGUGUCGGAUAGCAAAUUAUAGGUAA